UUCGUGCACAAUAAGGUCCCUUCCUGUAGUAUAAAAUCUGUCAACGAAAACCUAAUCCCCCUCAUUCAGCCCACAUCCCUACUGCCUGCAAUGAGAUGAACCCUUUUCACCAAGACAACGCUGCCCUCCGUGCUGUCACGGAUCUCGUCGAUGAAUAUCAGCAACGUACAGGUUGCUCCACGAUACUCCAUUUCCCAUCAUUUGCCACUCCUACCCACAUCUCUACCAUCUUGCACAAUCCUCGAUACCUUGCGUAUACGUCUGCCUUGCUUCCUUCAAUACAGUUCGAGGAUCUGAACGACUUAGCGAUAUUCCUUCGUAAUUCGUCAGUUUACCUUCCACCUGCAAAUGGAAAGCUUCAGAAGAUAACCCUCGUUAGCCCAAGAUUCCGGUCCAUCCUCAGUCGACCAGUGGAUGAUUUCCCGCUAGUAGACCUCGAGUUGUGGUCAGAUAUAUCGAAGCCCUUUAAUCGUGUAGCGUUUAGCCAUACCGGCGAGAUCAUCCCGUCUCGCUAUGGCGGAAACUCCAAUUUCACGUCCCGGACAUCUAAUCUCACUCUCCUGGAGUUCUCGAAGGUAUCUAUGCCUCAAGAUGCCUUAUACCAGAUCAUACGCUCCUGCUCGAAGCUAGACAUCCUUACUCUUUCAGAUAUUCUUCUUACUACCGCGGUCGAACCUCCCUCUGAGAUAACAUCCCCCACAGAAAGAAGAUCCCAUGAUCUCAAAGAGCUUUCCAUCUCAGAUUUUUACGAUGCUUAUUUCGCCAAUUUUCUUAGGAUGAUCCGGAAAUCCUCUAAUAUUAAGUUUUCAGUCUCUAAUCUACAGAGGCUCAUGGCUGUCAUGAAGCCGACCGUGAACUCUGUCCUCAGCGUCGGUAUAAAGCAUGAGCUUGCGAUUCUUCUCAGGGAUAAUCUUUUCCGGCCCAUCGGUGAACCUCGAAGCAGGCUCAAGGAAUUGCGAAUCAUCUGCGAGGCAUUCGGCAGAUACACCCCGGGUAACCAGCUCGCCCAAGUAUCCCUUACAAGUCUCAUCCGGCACUCGGCGCUAUCCAAUGUGACUUUGGACCUUUGGCAGAAUUCCGCGAUGCCGAUUGAGCUUUUGAGUCGCAUAGUGGAUCUCUGGCCAACUGAUGCGUCCCUGAAUAUUGUGUACUCGACUCAAGGAAAGAUCUGGUUCCAAUGA